ACCCCGCUGAAGCUACCACCGCGAACUCCUACACACCUCCCCGCCCUUGUCAGUCAGGCUUACAGUCAGUCCAGAGAGAAGAGCGAUCGCUUCGGACAAGUGGGCUUCCUCCCACACGGGCCCAUGAGACUCCUGAGCUGUGGCCGCUGGAAUGGCCACAGGGAAACCGCAGAUACAGAAGAGAACAGAAAGCGGCCAUCGCGAGAUCCUGGGCCACUUGCCCUUCCUUCUCCACCGUCUACUUCCUCUUCAUCAUCUUCGUGGCGUCUACCGACUUCCACUGCCACUGGCGCCUGGCCGUGGUGCCCGGCCCCUGGGCCUACUCGGGCCGUGUCGUCCUGCUCCCCAGAUCUCUGCCCCGGGGCGGCAUGUUCACCAUCAACGCCCAAGGGCGCCUGGGGAACCAGAUGGGGGAGUACGCCACCCUGUACGCCCUGGCCAAGAUGAACGGGCGGCCCGCCUUCAUCCCGGCCGAGAUGCACAGCGCGCUGGCGCCCAUCUUCCGGAUCAGCCUCCCCGUCCUCCACCACACGGCGGCCGGCAGGAUCCCCUGGCGGAACUACCCCCUGAACGACUGGAUGGAGGACCGCUACCGCCACAUCCCGGGCGAGUACGUGCGCCUCACCGGCUACCCCUGCUCCUGGACCUUCUACCACCACGUGCGCGACGAGAUCCGGCGCGAGUUCACCCUGCACGACCACGUGCGGGAGGAGGCCCAGGCGUUUCUGCGGCGGCUCCGGGUGGGCGGGCGGCGGCCGGGCACCUUCGUGGGCGUCCACGUGCGCCGCGGCGACUACGUGCACGUCAUGCCCCGCGUGUGGAAGGGCGUGGUCGCCGACCGCGGGUACCUGGAGCGGGCCCUGGGCUGGUUCCGGGCCCGCCACCGCGCCCCGGUCUUCGUGGUCACCAGCAACGGCAUGGCCUGGUGCCGCGAGAACAUCGACGCCUCCCGCGGCGACGUCGUGUUCGCCGGCGACGGCGUGGAGACCUCGCCGGCCAAGGACUUCGCGCUGCUCACGCAGUGCAACCACACGGUCAUGACCAUCGGCACGUUCGGGAUCUGGGCCGCCUACCUGGCGGGCGGGGACACCAUCCACCUGGCCAAUUUCACCCUCUGGCACUCCCCCUUCCGCUGGAUCUUUAAGCCCCAAGCAGCCUUCCCGCCGGAGUGGAUGGGCAUCGCUGCUGACCUUGGCCAGGCCAGAGAGAACAGCCCCUAGCCCCGCACGCGCCUCCCCGGCCCUCGGGUCGGCAGGCGGGCCCAGAAUCAGGCACCCACGGCCUGCCUCCCGGCUGCUCUGCUUCUGAGCUGGGCGGCGAACAAGUGACUUAACCUCUCUGUGCCUUUGCGGGCCACGUGCAGAACAUAAUACAGGACUUCCCUCAGCGGCUCCUCGCAAGAACCCAGCAAGUCCAUUCGGUGUUUUGAAAACACGCGUGUUGGGGAAGCCGGGUCAUAUGUCCUGUGGACCGUCCCACGUUCCGGACUUGGCUAAAUGCACCCUCGCGGUGUCCACUCACUGGCGACUUUAUCCUCCUGUUUUUCUGAAAACCGGUGAUCACACUGAGAGGCUUGAUCCGAUUCAGAUUUUUUUAAAGCUGUGUGACCUUGAGCGAGUUACUUCACCUCUCGGGGCCUUGGAAUCUCCGCCUGCACCACAGGGCCGCUGAGCGCACCGACCUCACCCGGUGGCGAAGAUAGAAGGAGGUUAGCAGACCACGUAAAUGCUGCGGUUGGGGCCCAAAUAAAGAAACCCAGGAGGACCCUGGCAGGGCUGAGUCCGGACGAGCCAGGCCGGGCUGGACUCAGCCGGCCUCCUCCCGAGGGGCCUCCCGGGCCAGCGUCCCAGCAGUCACGUGGGGUGGGAGGUGGGGCGCCGGGCACACCUGGCUCCCUAAACCCCGCCACCCCCCCCCCACCCACCCCCCCCUGCGGCUCGGGGAGGCCAGGUAGAGCCUGGGCGGGGUUUUCCGGACCCGGGUGCUGGAAGGUUCAGACUUCUGAGUGAAGGGUCGAUCUCCGACGAGGGAGCACCCGAUCUGCUCGCGGAGCAGCCCCGUCGUCGGCCCCCGGAUUCCUGCGGCCGGAACCAGGUGAGAGAUGGCGAGGUGGGGCGGGGGUGUAGGGGGAGAGGCUCUCCCCGACCCGCGGCGCGCUGGCGAGAGCGCGCGCACGGGGCCGAGUGCUGGGACGCACUUGAACUCAGGGAUCCCCUCUGGGAUGCCCCGCCCCCGCCCCGGGGUCUCCCCCAGCAGAGGGUCCACCCCUCGCCGCCCAGGAGCCCACCUCCUCUGCACCCAGCACCCCAGUCGUCUCAUCUCCCCGUGAGCCCCAGCCGCCGCCCCGCUCCGCUCCCCUCCCCUCCCCUUCCUUCCCUGCCGAUCGACCACCUGAGCCCGCACCUCCCUCAUCACCUCCACUCUCCCCUCCCCAGCCCCAGGCCACCAGCUCCCUCCCUCCCGUCACCAGUUUCCUGGAGCUUACCUAAGAAUCUCCGUGCGGGGCAGGGCCUGCUGUGCGAGAGUUUCCUGUUCGCCUCUCCCCGCCACCCCCCACCUCCACCUCCUGCGACCUCGGGGUCGCAGGACCCACCCACAGGACCCAGGGGUCCUCAGGGUCCCCGAGGCUGCUGCCACCCGCACCUCCAGGCCCACCGUGGCCCCAGGGAUCCCUGGCUCCCGAACCCCCCCCCCCCCCCUUCCAUUCCAUUCCUGGGAAUCAAGUCGAGGACUUCCAGGUGGUGGCCUCACAUUUGUGCCCCAAGCUCUUCCCCAAAGUAUCCUUGACAGGUGGAGGCCCACGUUCCUUCUACACACAUUUCCCGAGCACCUACUGUGUGUCCAGCCCUGUUUCCGAGGGCUGCGGGGGACAGAGAGGGAAUCAGAGCGACCCUGUCCCUUCCUUCCUUCAUGGAGCUGUGUCUGAGACCAAGAGACCGGGUCUGAAUGAUCCCGAGAGUGACUCGCUUGGAGGCACAGAAUUGGGACAGAGGGUCCAGUUCACUGUGCUCAUGGGUUUCUCUGGUCCCUCUUGGAUAUGGCUCAACAUGGCUGCACGCAGGCUCUCACACACAGGCCCUUCAGCCGUGGGGCCCACAACCAACCAGCCACCCUCCCUGUGUUUCUAACUUCAAAUUCCCAAGGGAGAGACUCUGCUGGAUACAGACGCGUCUCUUGAGCCCGCGCCCAUGCCCACACAAGGGCCGCCUUGGACCAAAGUCAGAUGAUGCCCUACUGGCUGUGUUUUUCUUUUUUUUCUUUUUUUUUUUUAAAUAAAGACACCAUUGCUAUUGGAUUACGGCCCACCUUAGGAUGACCUCAUUGUAACUCGGUCACUUCUCUAAAGACCCUGUGUCCACGUAAGGUCCAUAUUCUGCAGUAUCAGGAGUUAGGAUUCCAAUACGCCUUUUGGAGACAGACACAACCCAACGCAUGGCACAUAAGAUCUAUGGGUGGAGUGGGCAAAAAUGUACUACCUUCAUACAGUCUACCCCUUGACUGCCAUCACACGUAUGCUUCAUCUCAUACCCCCAACUCCAUUAAAAAAAAAAAAAAUCAGGGGUGCCUGGGUGGCUCAACUGACUAAGCGUGGGACUCUUGAUUUUGGCUCAGGUCAUGAUCUCACGGGUUCGAGCCCCGUGUCAGGCGCUGCCCUCACAGUGUGGAGCCUGCUUGGGAUUCUCUCUCACCCUCUCUCUCUCUGCCCCUCUCCUGCUCGCUCUCAUUCUCUCUCUGUCUCUUAAAAUAAAUAAA